CUUGUUGACGCCUUCGGGCUGUCAGAAUCCACCAAUCAGAGAGCGCCGUCAGUUCCAAUUAUGGCGGAGCGGAGUCUCCGGCCCGCCCCUCUUUGUUGCCUCGACCAAUGAGAGGCCGCCGAUUCCCUGCUGGGGGAGAGGAGCAACGGAGAGAAUCAAGGAGGAACGGCAGGCUAACGAGUCGGUCCGUUUUUUAUCCCCAAUGAUUUAAUCAUGUGAGGGACGAGAGGAGCCUUUUCUUUUUAUUACCGACAUGACGUCGCGAUUUCCGGGGAGAUUAAUACCGAGGAGCUGGAGGAAUGCCCAGAGGAAGGUACAUUGUUCCCGGACUACUGGGGUAGUGGGAGGCAUCGGCCCCCGCAGUGAGCACAGCUAGGCGAAACAGAAGCUAUUCCGGAUGAUAUUUUCAAAAUAAAAGAAAGCUCCCACCAAAAACAACGUCGUUCGUUCGAAUUUAAUUAUAUAAAGCCAGUUGGUAUCUGACGUGAGAUGGGUUCGUGAGCAUCCCGCGACAAUUGGUGAUAUUUACACGCCAAAUACGCGAGAUCGACGCACGUAUCGAUCUUACUUUGAAGGGGGGGCAGCUAACGGCAGCUCCAAGCCACCGAUCUUUGCUAACUUCCGGUAGCUUGACGCUACCCCAAGGAAAGAACGAGGGAGGGGGUGAAGUUACAAAAAGCCUCAAAACAAGACUUCGCGUCCCGGUAUGAAUGAGACUCUCCUCGGGCACCGGGCUCCACGGGCCAGUUACUGACCGUUGGGACAUUUCAACGGAAGAAAAGGAAAAAACUACUUUAUUUCCAUGAUAACUUGUAACUGUGACCCGUCCAGGUUUGCUGUGGAGGCUCAACAUGCACCGUCCGACGCUGACGAGCACCGCUGAGCUCCAGUAGCUGGAGGAGGGAGCCCCGCCCCUGACUUCCCCUCCGGGGCCCUCACUGGCUUUCAAUGACCGGACCCACCUCCCCGAGCCGGACCGGGACCUCCUCGGCCAAGCUGAGCCGGCACGGCCGCUCCAAGAGCACCAGCGCUCACUGCCUCCUCCUCCGGCGCGGCGCCGGCGCCCGGGACGAGUCGGCCGCCUCCUCCCCGAACAACGGCGCCCGGUCCCCCGGGGAGGAGGAGGAGAAGGACGGCGGCGUUCUCUUCUACGUGAACAGGACCGGCUUCCCCAUCGAGGGCGUCACGUGGGACCGGAUGUGGUGCCACGUGGCGGCCGUGCACCCCGAGGGCCAGGGGAUGGUGGACGGGAUACGGAACGCCGCGUACCUUCCCAAGCAUCACGUUCCCUCGGUGCCGACCUUCAAGCCGUCCAUGUCGGUGCCCGACUGGCUGGUGUCCAUCCAGAACUACAUGAAGGCUCUGCAAUACAACCACACGGGAACCCAGUUCUUUGAGAUCAAGAAGAGCCGACCGCUGUGCGGGUUAAUGGAGACGGCGAGAGAGAUGAUCAGAGAGUCUUUGCCAAUCAAAUGUCUGGAAGCCGUCAUCCUGGGAAUCUACCUGACCAACGGGCUGACGUCGGUGGAGCGGUUCCCCAUCAGCUUCAAGACCCAGUUCUCGGGCCACUGCUUCCACCACGUGGUUCUGGGCGUGUUCUGCAACGGGCGCUACGGCGCCCUGGGCACGAGCCGGCGGCCCGACCUCAUGGACAAGCCGCUGGAGCACCGCACGCUGGGCGAGCUGGUGGCCGAGUUCGAGAGCUCCUACAAGAGGUACCAGCACACCCUGAAGAAGGUGAAGAUCGGCCUGUACGUGCCUCACGACCCUCACGUCUUCCAGCCAAUCGAGUGGAAGCACCUGGUGCUGAACGCCGCGCGGCUCGGAGCGCAAGACAUGGGGAAGGAGCUGGAGAAACACGGGAGGGACAUGAGGAUGAAGAUCCUGAAGUCGUCCAGCGCCCAGUCGCCAAUCAAGGAGCGCAGCCGGGGGAAGUCCCUGUCGCCACGGCGACAUCAGAGCAGCCCCCAACGCCGCCUCACACACCGCAGAGACAAAUCGCCGGCCUCGGUGGACAGGAAGCCUCCGGAGCUCAGUACUCUCAGCGACGGCUACCAGAUCCGCAUCUGAUCCACUGCGUCCUCCACCCCCCCAAAACAAACAAACAAACAAACAAACAAACUCUCCCUGCCUCCGUCGUCCCUGCAGUAGCCGGACGUGUGAACGACGUGUUUCUUUAUUUCAUCUUCUGAUCUGGAAACAACAACAACAACAACAACAACUUUGUAAACUUUGCAUUCGACACCGGCCGUCGUCAUGACGACGCUGCUGCAGCACAGAGCGAGGAGGGAGAGACCUCGUCUUCAUCGGCGGGAGGAACAUUCAGAAGAGACGUCCACGCGUUAAUCAGAGUGGACGAGCGAGGGAGGAGGAGAGGAGGAGGAGAAGAGGAGAGGAUGAAGAGAGGAGCAGAGGAGAGGAGGAGGAGGAGGAGGGGUGAGGAGAGAAGAGGGUUCUCUGCAGGAGAUCAGUGAAGGAUCAUUAGAGCACUGCGGCAAUCCUCCUCCUCCUCCUCCUCCUCCUGUUGACUUCUGACUGGACUCAUCCCACAGAAGGAAACAUCGGUGCUUUUUAUUCAGAUUAAAUCAGGAUUUAGGGGGAAGUAAAUCAUCUCUCACUUCCUAAAGUUUGGUAAAUGCUUGAAAAAAAAAAUGCAGACCGACUUUUUUCACCCGAAGGAUUUUUAACUUGAAAUUGUUUAUUUAUUUGUAAGUUCAUCAGAAAUCGAGCGAUAAGACGAUCUUCGUUCUCGCAAGCGGCGACGAAAGGCGGCGUUACUUUUGUCCACCAGAGGGCGCUAGAGAGCUCACUUUAUGACACGGCACGUUUACCAACUCAAACACACUUUUGGAAGAAGGCGGGGCUUCACCUUCACUUCCUUCUUCUCGCCGCCGGUUGGUUCCCCCGUCGGCGUGACGAUGCUCUGAACCAAUCGGUGGCUCGCCUUUAGCGGACCGAACAGGAAGUACCAAAACAAAAGUACCAGGAAGUCCAGAAGGAGCCUGGUGACCCGUGUCUGUCUCUCUUCUCCUGUAGCAGUUUGGUUCUUCUUCUUUCCGCCCGAUGGAGCUAUGCACACGCACACCACGACGCACACACAGGAAGUGACGUCCAAUAUCCUGGUCUUCCACGAGUCAAACGGCGGGGAGAAGAUCUGCACAAAGGAAUCAGAAAACGACAUUUUGUACUGAAGUGUUUUUUUUUUGCAUUCCUGGAAUUAUUUCUCAGAAUUUCAGGAGGACGAGCGUUUCAUCCGACGCCCGGCGCAGCAGCCGAGGCUCUAUGCACGAGAGUCUUUGUGUCAGUUUUCUUUUUAAUAGGUUUGCGUUUGGCUUUUGAUUUAUUGAUUGUACGUGAUUUUUUUCUUCUUUUUUCUAAAGGAACAAAACCUCGUCGUCGUAGCAGCUGUUUUGUUUUUUCUUUGAUCUUUUAAUGGCCUUUAAAAAAGAAAUAAGUAUUUCCAAAGUGCUGACACCACGUUCUCUCCAUCCUGAGCCUCAAAUUACUGUAAUGUGAAACAUGUAGACAUCUUAUUUUGAAAAGCGUUUGUCUUUUCCUGGUUUCUGGAUCCUAAAAAUCACCUCACGCAGCUCGCUGAUCAACUUCAUGCAAAAAAAAUAUUUUAAAACGUCUCCGUCGCUGUGUGAUGAAGAAAUGUUGACGGACAAAAAAUAAAAAUCCAUAAUAAUUUAGAUUUGUGCAGAAUUGGCACAAAUAUAUAUAUAAAUAUAUAUGUUUGCAGCCAGAAGCCAAACGCACAUCCCGGUGUGUCCCAGUGCCUCAGUAUUCAUGUGCGUUGUGCAAAAUAUGAAUCAGUUACAUUUUGUUGGGUUUUCCUGCUCCUUGUUUUGUUGUUGUUGUUUUGCCUUUUUUUGUUUAUUGCCUGUUUUCUGGAAACAUUUCUCUCACUGCGAACAAUUUCAAACGCUUUGAGUGUAAGACGACCACGACAAUACAGUGUGUGUGUGUGUGUGUGUGUGUGUCGGACCCCAAACCACACACACACGUGAGUGUUUGUGAAGAGUUUGAUAUUCCUGAAGACGUGAGCCUCAGUGAAUAUGAUUAUUGCUCCUCUGUUACAGCAGCAUGUGUUUUAAUAAAGGAUUUAUGUUUUUAAACGCGUAGUUUCACUUCUCACAUCGGAGAAUAUAUAUAUAUAUUUAGUUAUAUGUGUGUAUAUAUAUAUAUAUUUAGAUAUGUGUGUAUAUAUGAAUACAUAUUUAUAUAAAUAAAUAUUUAGAUAUGUGUGUAUAAAUACAAAUAUAUUUUAUUAUAUUCAUGUAUAUAUUAUAUAAAUAUAUGUAUAAAUAUUUGUUUAUAUAUAUUAUAUAUAUGUAUGUAUUAUAUAUAUAUGUGUGUAAAUAUGUAUAUUAUAUUGAUUUAUAUAUACAGUGUAUUAUAUAUAUGUUCCUCGUAAAUGUAGUUUGUGUACAACUAGAAAUAGUUGGAGGCUGCAGUCAAAAUAUUUAAAGAAUAAUGUUCCUCUUUAGAUCAUGUAGCUCUCAAACCACACACUUCUAUAUAAUCUCCUUACUGCAGUGUGUGUGUGUGUGUGUGUGUGUGUGUGUGUGUGUGUGUGUGUGUGUGUGUUAGACGAGCACAUGGAGGCAGCAGCAGAUUUACAGAAAUAAUCCUUCAUUUCUCAUUUAUGCAGCAUUUUAGGGGUUUGAAGGCUGUGGAGGCUCGCUGUGUGUGUGUGUGUGUAUAAUAAUUAACUCCGGUAAAUCUUAAUCGUCCUUCAAGCGGUUGACAUAAUUUUUCAUAAAUCAUAAUCCGUUUUUCAAACUUUGUGAUGUCAUCACUUCCUCCAGGAAUAAAAGACGAUAAGGUAACAAAAUAAAAAUAACAGACUAUGCAA